AUGUCUCACGUGGCCUCUCCAGAAGUAUAUGAUCGCAAAGAUGUGAACAUUUCACAAGUCAGACUUCAGAGGUUUCCCUGUUUACAGCCAGAUCCUUUACUGGAGUUUAUUACCAAACGUGGCUACAGUCAAUCUGUUCCUAUUGUCAUCAUAUCCCAGGGAAAAGAACCGUCUUUCUUCAAGCGUGCGUUCCUGACAUGGAUGGAAAGUGGUAUACGUGGAAUUAGGACAUACACGGCAGGUUCUAUAGGUAAAUUGUUGUUUUCUGGAAGAGAAAUUAGGUCAGUGGUGCGCAAGACAAGGCCUGCGUGGGGACCAGAUGACGGUAUGCAAGGAGAUGAGGGAGUGCCAGAGAUCUGGUGUCUUGAAGACAACGGUGUUACCGUGGUGCCACGUGACAAACAUGGCGUCUUCUUUAAUGGAAAUUGUUACGUCAUGGUCCAUCGACAGGUGGGAGAAUACCGAUCCCCGAUCAUCUACUACUGGCUGGGAAAACAGAGUUCACCUGAAGAGAGACAAAGGGCUUGGAGAGUUGCCACGGACAUGGAUGAAGACCAGGGCAUCUCCACCGUUUUGAUACGAGUCUUGGAUGGACGAGAACCAUCGCAUUUCAUGGGUCUGAUUCAUCGAAAAAUACUGGUGUACAAUGGUCGCCAAGCGGAUGCAGGCAAGGAAGAAUCCAUGGCGCAAAUGUUCUCGGUCGAGGAAAUGCAUGACAGCAACACUCGGGUUUGCCAGGUUCCUGUAGCAGCUUCAUCUCUGUGUUCACGAAAAGCAUUUGUUGUCGUGAAGAAAACUACUUGUCACAUUUGGUAUGGAAAGAAUAGCGGAGGUCAUGAGCGAGGCUUCUCCAAAACAUUGCCCGGAUUGCUGUGGCCAAACAAGAUGUACAACGUUCAAGUAGAAGUAGAAGGAAAAGAAUCAGUGGUGUUCUGGCAAACUAUAGGUGGUUGGAACAGAUAUAGGGAGACAGACAUGAUCAGGGAUUUGAUCAGAAGAGAGUCGGUGCUAUUCCACUACUGUCCUCUUCGCGGCGACUUCCAACAGAUACCAGACUUCACCCAGGAGGAUCUGGCCCACGAUGCUGUCUUCAUUCUGGACUCGUUCGAUCAAGUGAUGGUGUGGACUGGGGAAGAAGUCUGCGAAGACACGAAACAGAACAUGGCAGAAAUUGGAACCGCUUACAUGAAGAUGGACCCUGCUGGUCGCCAUGUUGACGAGGUACAGCUGUGGUUUGUUAGACAGCACCACGAACCUGAAGCGUUUACACGACAUUUUCAGUCAUGGGACAGUCGUCUUCAAAUGGGUGGUGAAACAGUGGAGAUGUUACAGGCAUUGAUUCGGCAGGAAAAUGGCCUACAGGAUUUCCAGAAAGAGGCAGCACCAGCAGUUUUGUCACAACUUCGUAGACAAAGCUACAAAAUCUUGAUGGAGUUAAGAUGUGAUCAACACGGCCUGGACAAGGCACACAAAGAGCGCCAUCUAUCGGCUGAAGAAUUUCAAAAACGACUUAAUGUCUCAAGAGAGGAGUUUUACAAAUUUCCGGAGUGGAAACAAAACCAGAUCAGGAGAGCUGCGAGGUUGUCCGUGGCGUAAGAUUCCGAAUAUUUUCAGGUCUAUCUACGGAGAAUGUUUGCCGGAAAUACCCGGAGACUUCCGAGUGGCUGACACAUGAAUGGUGCGCAGGUCAUGAUACAGGGACGAGAGACCGUAUAUUAUAUCUUAUUUUGACUACCCUAUAAAAGCAUGUAUGAUUAACGCGAAUUUAUGGGGAUUUCAUCACGUGGGUGAUAACUGAAUCAUCUGACUAUCCUAGACACAGCUAUCAUACACGUGGAUGUUCCCUGAAUCAUCUGACUAUAUACAGUCAUCAUACACGUGGGUGAUGACUGAAUCAUCUGACUAUCCCAUAUAGAGCCACCAUACCCGUGAAUGAUAACUGAAUCAUUGACUAUCCCAUAUAGAGCCAUCAUACACGUGGGUGAUAACUAAAUCAUCUGAUUAUCAUAUAUACAGCCACCAUACACAUAGUUGAUAACUAAAUCAGCUGACUAUCCUAUACACAACUAUCAUACACGUGGGUGUUCAUUGAAUCAUCUGACUAUCCCAUAUAGAACCAUCAUACACGUGGGUGAUGACUGAAUCAUCUGACUAACAUAUAUACAGCCAUCAUACACAUAAGUGAUGACUGAAUCAUCUCACUAACAUAAAUACAGCCAUCAUACACGUGGGUGAUGACUGAAUCAUCUGACUCUCCUAUAUACAGCCAUAAUACACGUGGGUGAUGACUGAAUCAUCUGACUAUCCUAUAUACAGCCAUAAUACACGUGGGUGAUGACUGAAUCAUCUGACUAUCC